UUAUAAAUACAAUUGCCAGUUUAAAAGAUAAAACUUCAACCACUACAACCACCACAACCACCACAACAAACAACAAUAACUUUUUAAAUCCAUAUGCAACUUUACAAUCAAUGCAAACAACCCCAAUUUCAUCACCAUCAAAAUCCCCAAAUAUUAACUCUGUUUCACCAACCUCAAAAGUUCCAAAUUCAUAUUAUAAUCAAAAUAAUUUAAUUUCAACACCAAUAAAUAUUAUUAAUAAUAAUAAUAUUAUUCAUAAUAAUAAUAAUAAUAAUAUUAAUAAUAAUACCGAAUAUAACUCCGAAGAGGAAAGUGAAUACGAAUCAAGCGAGGUUGAGGAACCAAGUAGCCCAGCCAUGACAGUUCCAAACUCACCAUCAGUUAAUGAUGAUAUUUCAUCAAAAGUUGUAAAGAAAACUGCAACCAGCCAACAAGUUGCUGCUGCUAAAAAACCAAGAAAGUCCUAUGAAGUUUACAAGAAAUUAGAAAUUUUAGACGAAAAGAAUAAAUAUGGAAUGAAUUUUGUAGUAAAAAAGCAUCACAUUAGUCGUAGUAUCAUCUCUCGUUGGAUCUCAAACAUUGACAAAUACAAGAGCUUCAACAAGAAAAACUUAAAGAAACUUCAUAAAGGCCCAAAAGCUUCAUUCUCAAUGGAGCAAGAAAAUAUUAUCAUUGAAAAAAUAAAUCAAGCUCGUCAAAAUGGUGAAAUCGUUAGUGGUGAAACAAUUAAAAAGUUUGCUUUAGAAUUAUCAAAACAAUUAAAUAAUAAUACUUUCAAGGCUUCUUCCGGUUGGCUCGAAAAUUUCAAGAGUCGUCACAAUUUAAAUUUAAAUAAUAGACAGCAAAUUCCAAAUUUUAUUAAUUCAAAUAUUCAUAGUAAUAUAACUAAUAUAGUUAGUAAUAAUAACUUUAUAAACCAAGAAAAUCACUAAAUACUUCAAAACAAUAUUUCAAAUUUUAAUAUAAACUAUAAAUGUAUAUAAAUCAACAAACAACCAAUCAAUCAAAUUUUUUCUCAAAUCCGUUUUUAUUGCGCGCCUAUAUUGUGAUAACACUCCAAAGUGUCUUAGUUCAAUAUAUAUAUAAUUUUCUCUUUAAAAAUUGUUAACAACAAUCUAAUUUUAUUUAUUAUUUUUUUUAUCAUUUUUUUAAUAUUUAAAAAAAAAAAACAAAAAAAAUAAAGUAAACAUGUAAAUUUUAAACUUAU